AUGUCCUCGGCCUUACUACUCGGCUGGGAACGCAUGAUCAACAUGGGUGGAACAGAGAUAGAGAACCCGACAAACCAAGUGACACUGAUCAGAACCGCCGCUCUUCUGGGCGUCCUCUUCUUCAUAUACUCUAUGGGUUCGGUAAUGGCCCAGUACCUGUCCAAGGCGAUGGCGCACAGGUGCAGUAUGGAUGAUGUACAACAUAACACAUCUAAAGAGAUAAAAAUGUCACACGGUACCUGUCCGAGAGCCCACCUGUUUAAGACUUGGUAAAGGGCCGCCAUUGGCAACACCAGAACUGAUACCAUCAGAUCAGUCACGGCCAGAGACCCGAUCAGAUAGUUCCCUACAUUCUGAAGAUUUCUCUCCAGGGCGAUAGCUGCAACCACACACGCGUUACCAAAUAUGGCACAGAGAAUGAGCGCGGCCAGGAGAAAGGACGGGAAGAUUUGGGAACUUAGUUUCACCUCCUCUGAAUCAGCUGUCGAGGUUUCGUUUUGAAAAUCAAAUAGAAACCAUGCGGCCGUCGAGUUGUUUCUUUCCUCCAUGUUGAUGAAAAAGGAAGCGCUCCUCAGUUACUUUGUAUCAUCUCCAGUGCGCAACAGAGCUCCACCCUUGGAGACCGCAUGGUGAUCUUGAACUGGACUCUCUGUGCCGCGCGCUUAGCAUUGCAUACACUCUGUGCCAGUUGGUGACGACUGACGAGGCGGUACAUUUAUACCAGUGAUGGAAAAUACGUCAGUUGGCUGUGAGGUUGAAGAGAGAUUUUCUGUCCACACCUACAGUUGGACUCUCUGAGGGAGUGCGCGCAGUGAGAUGCAGGUGCUAUCAACCCUUUACCAACAGGUUUUGAUAGAGCGGCAAUGACAAUUAAUUGGACAUAGACACACACACAUACAUACACACACACACACACACACACACACACACACACACACACACACACACACACACACACACACACACACACACACAUACACACACACUAGUUUUCAACGUUUUUAUUUGUAUUAUGUAUUAAUUAUUCAAUGUUUAGAGAAGAGCAAGAGCCUAAAUUCUUCUCGAAAACCCCAGCUGUAACGGAAACAGUAGGGCUAUGCCUAUCCUUUCUCAAUUAUGAAAAUAAUAAAAACGAAUCUGCCAUUGCUGUUCUUGCUUCAAAAUAAAGAUAUAGAAUUUAUUGAAGUUUCCCCUCAGAUCAGCACCAUGGCCAGCGUAACUCGCUGUGAGCAGGUCUGAUGCUGCCACCUGGCGAAGGCCUACAUGGCAGAGAGGAUGACUUAUGAAGUUUGGUGCAUCUGACGCUCCGUAACUAGAAGCAAUGACGUCAUUGCCCUCUAACCUUCCGGAGUUCGACGAAUUGUUCUUCUAUUAAAAUGUAAAUAACUCGUUUCGAGGGAACGCAUAGGAAUUUGGAAAUCCCAGGUAGGAUAUGGUAUUUUAUCAGUAUGGCCAUUGUUUCAAAUGCCAUCGUCAUAAACAUUUGCAUUUGGCAAUUUUUUUUUACAGGAAUGUUGACCUAUCAACACACCGCCACACGAGACGAGAGGAGUUUUGUUGUUUAGAUUUUUGCUUGCUAGAUGUAGCUCAAGCUGGCAUGGGUUGUUUUGUAAUUCAUGAUAUUAAUAAUAAACAUUUACUUUUGGAUAUUGCCUUUUUUAUUGUCUUUACGUAAUGGAUAAAAGACAAUAUCUAAAUAAAGCGUAAAUGUUUAUUAGCUGUUAUAUCAUGAAUUUUGCAUUACGCUACUGUAUAGGGCUAUGGCCAUGCAAGGUCAGAGUAACUGCAUCUAUGAGCAAGAUUGAGUAGAUAGGCCUACUGUGUCAAUUUUGACUCUUAGUUGAAAUGUUGUCCGUUAUGUUAAAAUGCAGGCUAUAUACGAAUAUAGGUACACAUACAGUAAACCGUUUUUCCAGAAAAAUUCCCAUUAGCCUUAUCACCUGUGCUGAAUGUAUGUCACCUGUUCUGGUAUCCUCUCCAUGAGAGGAAAUAAAUGCUCCCUGCCUAUGUGUCUGUGUGUUGGCAUGUAGCCUACUGUGCCCUCUUUUUCAUUGCUGUUCUCAUUUGCCACAGAAUCAGACAUCAGUCUCAAUGGACAACCCAGGCGCGGUGGCUAUGCUCCGCUGCAGGAGGUGUCGUAAAGGCUUUGUAGAUGCAACGUGCCUGCAUCCGGUGGGUGACAGUGGGUUACUUUUACAGCUAGUAUAGUGUAUGUAAAGCACAUCGGAAAGCAUUCUAGUUCUGACUCCCAAGACAAUAUUUCAUAGGCUGUGCAUCAAGCAUCUCAUGCUGCAUUCGCACAGGCAGCCCAAUUCAGAUAAUUUUUCCACUAAUUGGUAUUUUGACCAAUCACAUCAGAGCUUUCACAUCAGAUCUUUUUCAGAGCUGAUCGGAAGAAACAAAGCCUCAGAGUAGUAAUCUUAUUCAUUGUAAUCUAAAAGGCUAAACUGAUCCUAAAUCAGCACCCCUACUCUGAGACGUGUUACACACAGCCCCUGAUAUGCCCUGCCUUAGACUGCAAAAACAUCCAAGUAAUGUUGGGUGUAGCAAAGGUCAGUGACUGCAGUCCAAACAAUCCUGUCAUUCCCGCCUAAGGUUCAUGAAGUCAGUAAGAUGACCAAUAGCUCACAUUCUGAUUCAUGUAACUGUAACAGUGUUGCUUCCAUCCCUCUCCUUGUCCCAACCUGGGUUGUAAAGAAGGGGUCAGCAACAGGCGCCCGCCUGUGAUUUUAUUUUGCCCCCCAAAGUCUUUAUAAGAAAAAAUAAAAAUGAAAUGAAAGACUAAAACCACCAGUAAUUCAUCUUAAAGUCUGUUCCCAAGUAUUCCCACGAAUAAAAAAUGUAAUCAAGGUAUGAAAUGAUUGUUAUUUUCAAAUACAAGCUCUUUUUGGGCUUAGUUGUCAAUUUGCCGUGUACAAGUUAUCUUAAUUAUGUACAGGCCCCCUGACCAUCCUCUCCGACAAAAAUCGGCCCACGGCUAAAUCUAGUUUCCUACCCCUGAUGUAAAGUAUGUCAGUGGUAGGGGAGAAAAUAGAGCAGCACGUCUUUUUUAGCAUUUUAGUAUUUGAUUAGCAUCCCCAUUAGCCAAUGCUAACACAGCAGCUACUCUUCCUGCGGUCCACACAAAACAUGACAUGAUACAAAACAUCAAUAGACAAUAACAACUCAAAGAUAGAACUACACAUAUUUAAAAUAAGAAUACACACUUUCAUACACUUAGACAAAACAUCAAUAGACAAUAACAACUCAAGGACAUAACUACAUACAUUUAAAAUAAGUAUAUACACUUUUAUACACUUAGGCUACUGUAUAUCACUAAAGAACAACAACACAUAGCUUUCGCAACGCACAGCGCUGCUUUUACCUAAACCACUUAAGACACACUUAUUCAAUCAAUCAUACGUUCACAUUUACGCCGGCACAUACAUUUCACUAUCUUGCUUAUAUGAAAUAACAGUCCAUCAGACAGAGUUUCACCAUAGGUCCUUCACUCCUGUUCAGUUCAUAAAAGGAAAAGAACAAUGUGUCUUCUCUAGAGAGAGCCAGGCUGGUGUUAUAACAUAUGGUUAGGAGUUGACCGGGUCUGAACUGGGUAAAGAUGGGAGUUUAUCUCCCAACAGAUAGUGCCUGAUGAUAACCCAGAGGCAGCAGGGACAUGCAGCGUCUGGCACAUGAAUGUUGAUACACUGCCAGAGUGGAUACUGACGUCAGUUCACCAGGUAAGGGUGUGUGUGUUUGUGUUUGUACAGGGGUGUGCUAGUGUUUGAUUUUGCACUGUGUUCUUUUGCAACCUUUGGAUCAAAAUUUCAGACAAGCCUCUCAGUUCUUUCUGUUCUAAUGUCCUCUUUCUGCAGGCCCAGUGGGCAGUGGGGAAGCUGAACUGCGAGAACUGUGGUGCUCGCCUGGGUGGCUUCAACUUUCUCAACAGCACCAAAUGCCCCUGUGGUCAGCAGUCCAGUGUGCACCUUAGCAAGAGUCGGGUCGACCAGGACCACAAACACUCCCUUCAUGUGGUCAGACCCCAGAUGACGAGAGAUAGGGGAGGACCGGGCUGCCUGAAGGGCGAGCCGGGGGGUUCUCACAGUGAGCAGGACAGGUCAGAGGUCGGGGAGGACUUUCUGGUUGGCUCACAGCUCUGCUGUACUUCUGUGUCCCGCCUUAAUGCUGAGAGCCAACCAAUCACAACACACCCAGAUGCCUUUUACCAGUUGGCUGACAUCAGAGCCACCCAAUCAGUUCCAUUGAGCUCCCCCAGCAUUGUUUCUCAUAGGAAGUCUGGUGCGAGGGGCAGGUUGGAACCCUCCUGUAGCUCUGACUCCCAGACUGGCCCUGUAGAAGAGACUGAGGGAGAGGUGAGGACUCGGACAGAGCAGUUGCACCCUUCACCUGGUUUGUCCUACACCCCUCAUCUACUUGCCACUAGUAUUAUUAGGUCACCUACCUGCCUAUCACCUCUGACUAGAGAGGCCCCUGGUUCUCCUCUUCUUUCCCUGAGAGGGCCAGGUGUCUCCCACAUCCCUGGGGAGCAGGAGGAGGACGUGGAGGAGGACGUGGAGGAGGAGAGAUGGGGGACUCCCACAGAGCUCCAGGCCCAGCUAGUAGCCGCCAAUGCUUCUCCAGCCCUACAAAGGUUCAGCAAGAGAGAGAAGAACCGGCUGAAGAGCCAGAGGAGGAAACAGAGGAAGAAAGAGCGCUGGCUCCACUCCCAGGAACAGGUAAGAAUUGGUCAUGGCCUCAAUUGAGAUGGUAAGUCAAACAUUCAUACAGUUUAGUUUGUCCAGUAUUUUAGUUACAUUGCACUUUUGUGAGAUUAUUCUUGACCAUUUUGUUGAGCUAACCAGAAGACCACAGUGGAGUCCCUGUGGUUGUUAGUCUGACAGUGUUUACCACAAGCAGUUACAUGUAUGGCACACAUUUCCAAGUCCCUCACCUUACUUUGACUGUCUGGAAAGGGGGAAAGUUAUAUCUUGCCUUUGAUAAUGUCGUCGCUCAUCAGCUAAGCAAACACAGGGCAGAAGAUUAGUGAGUUGGGCGUUGCCCGCCAGGUGGGUGACUACAUUUCCCUUUGUUGUCAGCAGUAGCAGAGAUAUUGUUGGUUGACAGUGGCCAGUGUAGACCUACAGUGUAUAUGAUUGAGAGACACUUACAUUACUGUGGAGUGUGGACUACAGGUACUACGCUUGUUCUAAUCUGACUGACCGUAGAAAAGAACAACACCAUGGCCUUCUCUUAUGGUGGUACCCAGGGAGUUUAAUUGUUUUUGGUUGAUAGCUUUUAAGCUCAAGCCCUUCCACAAAACACUCUGGUUGGCUCACAGCUCUGGUUACAGUCGGUCUCUGUGAUAUGGGUAUUUUAAUUGGGGUGACUAGUGCAUGUCAAAAAGCCAUCCGUUCUGCCCAAACCAAAGACUCUAUUGCCUGUGAGUAUUCUCUCACAAUGACACUCGACGGGCUGAUUGGAGUGCUCUCAUAUCAUGUGAGCAUCAUGUGCAAAGUAAACAAAGAGAUGUAAAAAGCAACAAAUGGGCCAAAUGUCCCCUCCCUUUCCGAAAUUCAAAAGAUGCAAGCACCUAUGAAGUCGUGAUUUGUCCAAAUGAUCAGUGACGACAAAUCAAAGUGCCAGAAACAAAGUUCCUCAUUAGUCGUCACAUCCCACAGUCUGUUGACAGACGCUAUGAAACCAUUUAUGUUACGUGCGUCUGUCCACAAGACAUUAGUAGUACUAUUAUGUUACUGUUAGAUAUUAUUUUCCAGAUUGCCUCACUAUUAUUUUAUCUUAUUGUAUAUAGAGUGUGACAGGGCUGCUAACAGACAGUGAGGAGGUGGACAGAGAGGGCUACACCUGCGCAGUGUGCCUGGAUGUCUACUUCAGUCCCUAUAGCUGUCACCCCUGUGGCCACAUCUUCUGUGAGCCCUGCCUCCGCACGCUGGCCAAGAACCGGCCGGCCAACACCCCCUGUCCCCUCUGCCGCACCCUCAUCUCACACACACUCUUCCAGAAAGGUGAGCUACAGACUCCUCCCAAUGUUUCCGUUAUUGAUAACAAAUAGCUGUUUGCUCCAUAGCUGUAAAUGGUAAGAAGCCCUUUUAGAGUUUUAACUACAUUUGUUUUAUUGCCUUUUGGUUUCAGAGCUCAACCAGACAGCUAAGACUUUCUUCCCAAAGGUCUACCACUCACGGAAGCACAACUUUCAAAAAGCCAACUGUGCUAAAUUGCCUCUUCCCAACUGCCAAAAACGUUUCCGCAUCUUUUGGGGUGAGGUAUAUUGUGUAUUGUGGAUGUAUUGUGUAUUGCUUUCUGUAACUCAGUUUGUCUUAUUUUUGUGGGGUCUUGUAAGCUCUUAUGCAACAAACAUGUUAUAAGUAUCAUGUAACUAAUUAGUUUCUCACAAAGUGAAUGUAUUUUUUAGUUAACUAGCAUGCAAAGCUUGAGCAGUUUCCUUAACAGUAACCCAUUAUUGUAAAGUUGUACACUAGGGACUGUGUCUGCCUCCCUCUCUGACUCCAGUCUUCCUGUUUGUAUCCCAGGGUACCAGAGGCAGGAGGCUCCAGGGAGGUGGUGGCACUUUGCCCCAGCAGGCUUCGCCCUGGAUGCCCUGGACCUGGCCGACAUGCGCGGCUGGUUCUUCGACAUUGACCUGGUCAUCAUCUACAUCCACUCUGUCAACUGGAUACUGGCCCUGUUGGUUCUUUGCCUCCUAGCAUACUUCUUCUUGUCUUGAGUGCUGUUCGUAUGUUUAGCCAGGGAUGGCUGACCUCUAAAAAUGGUACAGCUGGGGUUUCUGGGUGAUGUAGUAUUCUGCAUUGUGCCUAUUAGUGCCUACUGCCAGGUAACUCACCUGUCACCUACAUAUGUAAACUGGAAUCAAGAGCAGUCCUGAGUAGCACUGGAACUGUGAGGUGUUUUUUUUGUUGCAGUUUUGGAGGUCAUGUAUAAAAAUACCAGUACUCACAUGAAGUUGUGUAUAGGCCUAUUUCAUAUUUUGUGAGAGUUUCACCCUCAAUCUUUUCACUGUAAAUCCACAAAUGUUUUAUGAGGGAUAGAAGUGUAAUAGAAGUGAAAAUAAAAGAACAAUAAUUUUGAUUGUUUCAAAAAAUCAGGUUAGGAAAUGGCUUUGCACUGAGAUCUAUAAUAAUAGGCCUUUUGACAGAUGUAUGACCAGUGGGCCCACUCUGUCAAGGACUUCCCUCAGAUCAUCAACAUGAAGGCAGCAUAAUCACAUACAUCUCAUAUAACUAUAAACGUUUUAUUCAAUAUACACUACAUGACCAAAAGU